AACCCACACAUGACACAGCAGUGUCUGGUUAGAAAACCGAAGAAUGGACGCCUUAGGAAAUUCAUGGUGGAGCAGCCAUCCUUUCAACCAUUUCCGACGAAGAGCAAGAAAACAAAGAGGAGAGAGAAACAAAAACCAAAAAGCUUCCUCGUCUGAAUCUUCUGCUCAAGCAAAUCCCAGUUUUCGUUACCCACUAAAGCAAGCUGUAACUGCCGGAUCUCUCGCAUUGACUGGUGACACCAUCGCGCAGCUCCGACAUCGUUGGACCCAAAUUCCCGACUCCCACACUCUCUCUCAUCCUUCUGAUGACACUCCUAAGGAUCUUAUCCAGAUUCUUCUUUCAAGUCAUGACUGGCUGCGUGCCCUUCGGAUGGCUUCCUAUGGGUUUUUGUUUUAUGGGCCUGGAUCUUAUGUGUGGUAUCAAACCCUAGAUCAGUAUUUACCUCAGCCAACUGUUAUGAACUUGCUGACGAAGGUUUUGUUGAAUCAAAUAAUUCUGGGUCCAGCAGUCAUUGCUGUUGUCUUUGCAUGGAAUAAUUUAUGGCAAGGGAAGCUGUAUGAGCUACCAAGAAAAUAUCAAAAGGAUGCCCUUCCCACCUUACUCUUUGGAUUUAGAUUCUGGAUCCCCUAUAGUGUACUGAACUUUUGGGUUAUACCUCUUCAGGCACGGGUGGCAUUCAUGUCAUUCGGUUCCAUCUUUUGGAAUUUUAUCCUAUCUUCAACAGUGAGCAAGUAAAGCUGCAUUCAAGGUCAUGAUCUUGCCAUGAGAUAUAUUCCAAGCCAUGUGGAAUUUUCUAUCAUGCAGUCCCAGAUUAACUGGUGUAAGCUUCGCAUAUCCUGAUGAAUUUCCCGUCUUUCAAGCAGAUGAUCAUGCAAAUUGUUCUGAAGUAAAUUUUGUCCCUGAAAAUAGGUACUUGGAUAGCUUAUGAUGAGACAGGUCAAGUAGUUUUAAUUUUCGUUAGUUUUAGUUCGAUAAAUCAGUGCACAGAUACUAGCAUGAGCCAAUUAUUGAUUUUGGCAGGCCAGGGAGCACACUGCCCGCUUUCUUGUAAUAUUUAUGAACUACAAUUUGAUUGUGAUUGACAUGUUAUAUAUUUGCGGACCAGUGUGAUGAAAACAUACACUGCUGGCUAAAAUUUGAUACUGUAUUCGGCGA